UGUUGUUGUUGGUUGUUCGUUUGGUUCAUGUUUUGAUUGUUAUUCAAGUCGCUCAAUUAGCAAAUGCGAGUAUUAAGCCAAAGUGCGCCGCCAUUAAACCAAGUGCGGCUCUAAUGAAAUGGUCAUCGGUGCUAUGUUGUUGACGGGCAAACAGCUAAACGGCACCCCCAAGCAGCAGCAAGCGACUGCCAACAACAACACAAGCAACACAGCUGCAGCAGCAGAAACACAGGAGCCACCACAACAACAACAGCAGGCAACAGCAACAGCAACAGUUGCUGCUGGCUACUAUGCACUGGGUGGAAUACGUAUACCCAAGUCGCCAUCGUUUCACAGCGGCCUAGAUCAACUGGCUGACGACGAGGAUCAGCAGCAACAGCAAUCGACGGAUCAGGGCAGCAAAUUCAAGUUUAGCAGCGUGGAAGAGUUGAAGGCAAAGUUUGAGCUGCAGGCACGCAAAAUGCCACUAUCGCCGCCAGAGGCAACUGCCAACACCGCCACCGCAACCACCAACGCAUCAUCAUCGCCAUCAUCCUCAUCGACUAGCUCGAACUCAUCAGCCUCUGCUUUGUCAUCGCUGUCGCAGGCUGGCUCAUCCUCUAUAGCCUCGGCUGCUGCGAGCUUAACGGCUUCCACAUCAUCAGCAGUCACAUACGGUGGUGGUGCGAACUCGGCGGCCGCAGCGUUAAUUGCCUCCUCAUCGCCAUUUGGCUCACAAUCCUCAACGUCCUCAUUGUCGCUGUCGUCCGCGGCGACAAAUGUAGCAGCUACAACAACAACAACAACAACAACAAUAACUGGAGCCGCAGCUCCGGCCGCAACUUCUUCAACAGCAUUCAUGUCUAAGCAAGCACCCAGCACCACCGCAAGUGUAGUUGCAUCUGGAAGCAGUGGCAACUCUCUGGUAUCCACCUUGGCGCAACAUUUCACGGCAGCAAGCACCGGCAGCUCGUUGCUAAGCACGGCAACAGCCGCUAGCACAUCGGCAACAUCACCAGCCAGUUCGUCCAGCAACAAGGUUUGCAGCAAUUGAACACAAACACAUUCAGACACACACAGAGAGACAAACUCACCCGUGAGUGCCGCCGCGGCCAUUAAGAACAUAUUGAAUGCCACAAAAAGUGUCGGCAACAGCAGCAGCAGCAACAGCACAAGCAGCAACAGCGAAGGAGCAGUAGCGACUGAAGAGCCGCUGCGCUCGACAGUGGCACAGAAUCUGGUCGGUGGCAUUAGCAUUUCCUUGGGCAUUGGCCAGCGCAAUGGCAGUAGUGCAGCGACUGUGGCAUUGGUAUCGACAUCAUCAACUGUGUCGUCGUCGUCAUCAGCAGCGUCUGUUUCAGUGCUACGUCAGAAUGGCGAUGUAAUUGGUCACAAUCUAUCGUCGCCGUCGCAGACGCUGCAGCAGCUGACUGGAAGUCCAGGACGUGCACGCGAUCGGAAUCUGUUUCAUUCGCCACCCAACGCAUCAACUGCGCUGGCUUUGCCGCCACUGCGAGAGACCCCAGCGCAGGAACGGGAGGAACUGUUCCUGCAGAAGCUACGACAAUGUUGCACUCUGUUCGAUUUCUCGGAGCCGCUAAGCGAUCUCAAAUGGAAGGAGGUCAAGCGAGCCGCCCUGCACGAGAUGGUGGAGUAUCUGUCCAAUCAAAAUGGUGUUAUUACAGAAAUUAUAUACCCGGAGGCCAUCAACAUGUUUUCUGUGAAUCUUUUUCGAACCUUGCCGCCUUCGUCGAAUCCCAAUGGCGCUGAGUUUGAUCCAGAAGAGGAUGAGCCUACUUUGGAAUCAUCUUGGCCACAUUUGCAAUUGGUCUAUGAACUAUUUUUGCGUUUUUUGGAAUCGCCCGAUUUUCAGCCAAAUAUUGCGAAACGUUAUAUUGAUCAUCAAUUUGUAUUACAACUGUUGGAUUUAUUCGAUUCGGAAGAUCCUCGUGAACGUGAUUUCCUUAAGACUGUUUUACAUCGCAUCUAUGGCAAAUUCUUGGGAUUGAGGGCAUUUAUUAGAAAGCAGAUCAACAAUGUGUUUUACAGAUUUAUUUAUGAAACUGAGCAUCAUAAUGGCAUUGCCGAGCUGCUGGAAAUCUUAGGCAGCAUCAUUAAUGGGUUCGCUUUACCGCUGAAGGAGGAGCACAAACAAUUUUUACUUAAGGUAUUGCUGCCAUUGCACAAAGCCAAAAGCCUCUCCGUCUACCAUCCACAGCUUACCUAUUGUGUGGUGCAGUUUCUUGAGAAGGAUCCCAGUUUAUCGGAGGCGGUUAUUAAAAGUCUAUUAAAGUUUUGGCCGAAAACGCAUAGUCCCAAGGAGGUGAUGUUUUUGAAUGAGGUGGAGGAGCUCCUCGAUGUUAUUGAGCCAGCUGAAUUUCAAAAGGUCAUGGGACCACUCUUUCGACAGAUAUCUAAGUGCGUUUCCUCGCCCCAUUUUCAAGUGGCAGAGCGUGCACUUUAUUAUUGGAACAAUGAGUACAUUAUGUCUCUGAUAGCGGACAACUCGCAGACCAUUCUGCCCAUCAUGUUUCCAGCGCUAAAUCGAAACUCCAAGACCCACUGGAAUAAGACUAUACACGGCCUCAUUUAUAAUGCACUCAAGUUGUUCAUGGAGAUGAAUCAACGGCUUUUCGAUGAGUGUAGCAAGAAUUAUAAGCAAGAGAAGCAACAAGAACGCGAGAAGCUUACGCAACGCGAAGAGCUGUGGCAACAAGUGGAAAGUCUGGCCAAAACCAAUCCGGAAUGGACGAAGGUACGUCGAUUUGAGAAUGAUGGCCUCCCAAUGUCCGAUAGUCAAAUACUAUACGAUCAAUACAAUGAGAAUUGUGAUCUAACCUACGAUAAGAUUGAACAACAACCAAGGCCGCAGUUGCAAUCGCAAUCACAGGCAUCACUAAAGCAACAGCCAAACCAGGAGCCCAGAGAGAUACGCGGCGAACGGAACAAGGAGAAACCACUAAUACGACGAAAAUCCGAUCUGCCCUCGGACAGCGGCACCGUGCGCGCCCUCAUCGAGCACAAGCGACCCGAUGAGUACCUGGCAACGCCGCCCCCAGAUGCUAACAACUAUUAGGCCACUCCCCUCACCCCGCCCCCACUCGGGCUGGUCCUCAAGUGCCCGAACGCUGGCGUAGCAAAGGUUCUACUUAGAUUAACGCACACAGAACAGUUAUAUACAAAGCGAAGCAAAAACAAAAACAAAAUAUACAAGUCUAAUCGAUGAUUAUAAUGAUAUGGGGUUGGAUGAUGCUGAAGAUGAUAUGAUAACGGCGAUAAUGAUAAUGAUGAUAAUAAUGAGAAUACUGAUAAUAAACCAAGGUUAAUAAUCGUUGUAUGUUUCGUGAGCGUGUGCAGCACACAACGUCUAUAGAAAUAUAUUAUAUUAAAAUUUAAAAUACAACAUAUUAAGUAAAUAAACAUGCAGAGUACCAACCAAUAAAGAGUUUAAAUCCCAAUCAAGAGACCUAGCAAAAUGCUUUCUGACCUA